AUGGCCGCCGCGUCCGACUCUGACGCCGGCGCCCAGCCGCCGCGCGACGACCCCAGCCUCCUCCCUUUCGCCUCCUUCUCGCUCGCCCUCUCCAUCCGCGCACCGGCCACCCCCACGCUCGCCUCCGUCCCCUCCACCAUCCACCUCCCCACACAAAUCUCUACACUCGCCGUCUGCCUCCACCCCUCCGCCGCGCAGCCUCCCUCCCGUCGCCCCACCCGCCUCAAUUCCGCCACCUCCUCCGUCAUCGCCCCGCUGCCCUCCUCAACUCCGGGCCUCUCCCGCUCCUUCCCCUCGGGCGCGCCCGCCGCCGCCGGGCGCCGCCGCACGCUCGUCUGGUUCCGCGCCGACCUCCGCCUCCACGACCACGAGCCAUUCCACGCCGCAGCGGGGGCGUCGUCCUCCCUCCUCCCCGUCUUCGUCUUCGACCCGCGGGACUUCGGCAAGUCCCCCUCGGGGUUCGACCGAACGGGCCCGUACCGCGCCAACUUCCUGCUCGACUCCGUCGCCGACCUGCGCCGGAGCCUCCGCGCCCGCGGCGGGGACCUGGUGGUGCGCGUGGGCAGGCCCGAAGUGGUCAUCCCCGAGCUCGCGCGGGCGGCGGGCGCGGAGGCCGUGUACGCUCACGGGAAGGUAUCGCGGGACGAGGUACGCGCCGAGGAGAGGGUGCAAAAGGCUGUGGAGAAGGAGGGCAUCAACGUGAAGUACUUCUGGGGUAGCACGCUAUACCACGUGGAAGACCUUCCCUUCCACCUCGAGGACAUGCCGUCCAACUAUGGCGGCUUCAGGGAGGCCGUGAAGGGUUUGGAGGUCAGAAAGGUGCUGGAGGCGCCCGAGGAGGUCAAGUGCGUGCCCAUGAAGAAUGUGCUCGAGCCGGGCGACAUCCCCACGCUUGCUGAGCUUGGGCUCACUGCGCCACCAUCCAUGGCACAGGUUUCGAAACCUGCUGUUGGAUCUACUCUCAUUGGUGGUGAGACAGAAGCUCUGGAGAGGUUGAAGAAGUUUGCUGUAGAAUGCUCUAUGCAGCCAAACAAAUCAGACAAAAGCAAUACCCGAGAUAGCAUAUAUGGUGCUAAUUUCUCCUGCAAAAUUUCUCCAUGGCUUGCUACAGGUUGCCUCUCUCCACGGUUCAUGUAUGAGGAGUUGAAGAAGCAUGCUACUAGAGCAAUUCCUCUUGGGUCAACACCCAAGAAUAAUGAUGGCACAUCUGAUGCUGGGAUAAAUUGGUUAAUGUUUGAGUUGCUAUGGAGAGAUUUCUUCAGGUUCAUCACAAAGAAGUAUAGUUCUGUACAGAAGGCAUCGGAAGUUGCUACUGGUUGCACUCCCGCCCCAGCGCUUGCAUGA